ACAAGUGAAUAUCGGCAUCAGUGCACACCAUGGAUCAUGCAUGGCGCCAUCCAUCGUGGACUUCAUCGACCGAUGCGUGGGCCCGCCAACAGCCAUGGUCCAACUUCCAACUAUCACAGUUUGCUACGCCUGCCCACGGGCAACAGGAAGACCCACGAGAGCAAGCCCAGUCUCAUAUUGCUCCCUUUGCUAUACCUGCAUUCAUACAUCCACUCCCUCCAUAGCCACCCACCUAGGUAUUGCAAUGACUACACCCCAGGCCGACCGCUAAUGGCCCGCGGUCCGCCUACAUGUAUGCGCCCUGCCCACGCCCGACCCAGCAUGCGCUACUGCUGCCACUGCAUUCUACAGCCUCUUUUCUGCCUCUUUAAUUGUCCGAUCCGAGCUAUAUGCGCAUACAGCGCAGCAAUAUAGCUAUAGCUGUCUUCCACGGUUUUUAUCCUCGCCCGCCGCUGCCAUGGACAACUUGCCCACCUGGGAAGGUUCCCAGCUGUACCAUGCUGAUCCCCCAUCCCUUGUCUGAUCAAAAUCCUCUCCGCUUCUUCUUCUUAUUCUUCCCAUGCUUUCUUGCCGUGCCCCCCAAGCUUUCCCACCAUCAUUCCCUUGCAAGUACAUUUGUGUCGCUAUAUCCACUCUGCAACCUCCAUGUCCAUCAACGCCCGCGCCGUGGUGGAUGCGUUCAACACUUUCUCGAAGCGACACCCAUGCCACCAGUGGUAGUCCAAAUCAUCUAAAGCCGUGGGGGUCGGUAAAAUGACAAGAAUAGGCACAGGUAAAUGACGCUUCUUCUGUUUCCUCCAAUAUCUGCGCCAGACCGUAUUUGUUUGCCCCUCCCUACCUUGGCUCCGUGCAUCUUGUCGAGAUUGUACAGGUGUGUCUUUCUGAAAGUCCGAAUACAACAAAUGUCCUCGACCCUCUUCGUCAAACACGAUGUAUCUUUUUGCAUGAUACACUGUCAUUCUUGCGAUCCAGAAAAGAGCAGCACUGCCAUAUCAUACAUCCGUCCAGGAGGCAUCGGAGUGGUUCGACUGGCUGAGAAGGAGACGUAGCUACACUGUUGAACAUUAGCCAUUCGAAGCACGAGGUCAUGGAGGUCUGAAAGAUCCCAGAAUUCUCUUGUUGCGCACACCGUUUCCAGGACAGUCGACAUCGUCCACGCUUGCGGAAAGCGAGGACCUAAUACCGCGAAGACAGACCGGACACGGUAAUUGAAAGAGCUGAGUGAAGAUUUUGAAAUUCGAAUCGUCGAUGUCGCAAAGUGAUGGAAAUGUAAGCAACCCGUUCAAAUCGAGCGCAGGCAGCCACCUCCAGCGGCUGCAAGUCACAAAAUCCCUCCAGACAGAGAGGAAUAUAGCCGAUGGUGGGAAGAAAGAACAAUAAAGAGGGACGGCAGAUGACUGUUUGUAUUUGUCAAAAUCUACGAC